AUGAACUUAUUUAGAAAAUUAGCUUCAGGUAAAAGAAAUAGGUAUACUCAGGACCAAUACAACCUUGAUAUUACUUACAUUACACCUCGAAUCAUCGCGAUGUCUUUCCCUGCCGAAGGUAUGGAGAAGAUUUAUCGCAACCCCAUCUCCAAAGUUGCCAAGUUUCUCCAAGAAAAACACGGAGACAAUUACCUGGUAUUCAACUUCAGUGAUCGCAAGUACAACUAUGCAAAGUUUGACAACAAAGUGGAGGCUUACGACUGGAGAGAUCACCAUGCACCCAAAGUGGCUGUGCUCUUCGAAGCUUGCAAGCGCAUGUACGAGUUUUUGCAAGAAAACGAUGACAAUGUUAUUGUGGUCCACUGCAACGCUGGUAAAGGCCGUACUGGCACAUCCAUUGCUUGAUUCUUGAUGUACUGAGGACUCUCGAAGAACUCUGCUGAUGCUAUCAACUACUACGGAUGGAAACGCUUCAGCACUGGUAGAGGUGUCAGUCAGCCUUGCCAGCUAAGGUACAUCCACUACUUUGAAGGAGCGCUCAAGCGCGAAGUUCUCUGACCUGUGCCAAAGAUUCUCGAAUGUAUUGUGAUCAAAACCAUUCCGAAAAUCAACCAGAACGGAUGCAAGCCAUAUGUAGACAUAUGAAACGGAGACUACCAAUUAAUGUACUCUACCAAGAACUCGAUCAACUUGAGGAAGUACAAGGCUGGCCCGAAAGAGACAGAAGAGUUCAACAUCAUCAAAAUUGUUCCUGAGAAAAAGAACUUGGUUAUUGCAGGAGACGCCCACUUCUUCAUCAAGCACAAGGGUUCUUUCAGCAAUACAAACAUUUGCAGGUUCUCGAUCAACACAGGCUUUGUUGAAAAUGAGCUGGUGAUUCCUCGGAACCAGAUAUCUCCUGACUCAGUGCUGGUCAGCAAGAAGUUCCACAAAAAUUUCCAAGUUUCUGUGAUCAUGAGGGACUACUGUGAACACUGCACUUCAAAGACAGAACUCAAUGAUGUCUGAGAGCGGUGAGCAAUGAAGAUGCCCAAACAGAUGAAGGAGUGGAGUCGCAUCAAUGAAAUCAUUGAAGAGCGCUCUCCACAUCCAACUAAAGAAAUGGGAGAGAGAAUCUGCUUUAACACAAUUGACACAUGCACCAAAUGCAAAACUGAAGGAUGGAUUGACACUGCUAAGAUAUCAAAAUGUCCUCAUAUAGAUUAUGAGCAAGUUACUAAUAAAGAAGUAGCUGUUGAAGUUGACGAUUACUCUGUUGUAAGAGAAACUGAAGAAUGCUGAUCUAGUGAUCAGGAUGAAGAUUUUGAGCAUAUAGAAAAACGGAAAAACUAUACAAACUUCCAAGAUCUUCAAGAUGAACAGCAAAUUCAGCUCCAACGGGACCAAGAUAAUGAAGAAUCUAAGAUAUCUCGCAAAAGGACUGAGGAUGAUGAAUUCAUGUAUGCUCUGUCAAAAGAAGAACGGAACACAAUGUGGCUUAAAGAUGAUAACUUAGAGGAGAAGAAAGACAUCCCUGAAGAUUAUUUCAGAAGUGUAAAUGAAUUCCAGUCCAGAGAAGGGGAAGAUAGAACAUCUACUCAAAGUUCCAAGGACUUGGCAAAGAGUAUUUUGAAAGUAGGGACUCCGGGUAUUGAGGAACUGUCACGCAGCUCUAGUUCUAAAGGAUCUGUUAAGAGUGAAUUAGAUUUCCGUCAGAAAACUAUCAAGUGAAUUAAAACUAUUCGAAGAUAUACAAAAAAUCCAAGAGUUCAGCAGAAUCUUGAAGUAUUGAAUCAACUGAAAAAAGCAAGCUUCGCUUGAGACCAACAGCAAAGAUUUGCUCACCUGGAACAGGUGAGUCAUAGAGAGAAGAGUAAUUCAUUUCUUUUAAGAUAAA